UUGACGCCUAACUUGGACGUAUUGGCCAGUAGGAGUGUGGUACUUCAACAAUACUACAGCGAGGCGAUAUGCACUCCGGCACGUACAGCGCUACUCACCGGCAAAUACCCUAUGCGACUAGGUAUGCACGGAAUGCCGCUAUCUAAUGCAGAAGAUCGAGGCAUUCCAAUGUCAGAGCGACUGCUGCCUUCAUUUCUAAAGGAAAGAGGUUACAAAACUCAUUUGGUCGGUAAGUGGCAUGUGGGUAUGUCACGAAAGCAGUUCCUACCAACCAGAAGGGGAUAUGACAGUCAUUACGGAAUUCUCGGUGGAUCUGUAGAUUAUUAUACGCACAAUCAUAUUGAACUGUACGGUGAUGGAAGAAAGUUCUAUGGAACUGACCUUACGUUUAACGACAUCCCACAAGAUGACGAGGAUAGAUACAUUGUAGACGCACUAACUGAAAGGGCUAUGGAAAUCAUACAAAAUCACAAUGACUCAAGUCCAAUGUUCCUUCACUUGGCGCAUAACGUACCUCAUGCGGGUAAUGAUGGAGGGCUGCUCCAACCUCCAAAAGUACCACUGUCCAAGAGGAAUCAACAUAUUGCACAUUCUGACAGAAGACUCUAUGCAGAAAUGGUUACUCAUUUGGACCUUAGUAUUGGAAGAGUUGUGAAGGCUUUAGCAGAUAAAGGAAUGUUGCAAAACACUAUUAUUAUAUUCGUGUCUGACAACGGCGCCCCGACUGUAGGUAUGUUUAAUAAUUGGGGAGUGAAUUUACCUUUUCGAGGAAAGAAACAAACUCCUUGGGAAGGAGGCGUUAGAGUCCCAGCCUUUAUAUGGCAUCCCUCAUUAAGACCGAAAGUUUGGGAUGGACUUAUGCACGUUACCGAUUGGCUUCCCACUCUCAUGGGGGCUGUUGGAGGUGAAGUGAAUGUCCAGAUUGACGGUGUUAAUCAGUGGGAUUCUAUAUCACAAGAUGCAAAACCUAAAAGAAAAGAAGUAUUGAUUGCUAUUGAAGAGAGUGAUGCCUAUGUUUACGCCGCUUUUAGAGCUGGUGAUUAUAAGAUCGUUGUUGGAAAUGUGACCGGUUUAAGUAAUGGAUACUAUGGGGCUGAUUUUAUGACCUACAGAUCUUCCCCACCUGAUUAUUUUGCUACUCUUAAAUCGUCACAGGUAGCUAAGGUUUUUGAAUCAUUGAAUAUGAAAUUGGACUACGAUGAAGUGUUGGCUAUGCGAGAAGCAAGUAUUAUCAAACAAAUAGACCCAGUACGAGAUCUGACUUCAUGUGACCCUAGGCCUGAACGUGGAUGUCUAUACAAUGUUAAACUAGAUCCAUCGGAGAGUCACGACUUAUGGAGUAGUGGAACUAAAAUUACCGAUAAACUGUGGAGUAGAUUGAGGUCCUUAUGGUCAAUGCAAUUAAAAAGAGGACCAGCAAUAGUAGACCCUCGGGCCGAUCCAGUAAAUUUCGGUUACAGAUGGUUACCGUGGCUUAACGACAGUUCGCCAGUCAUGACCCUGAAUGAUAAUAAUGGUUGGGACGACGUGAGCUUUCACGGGUCGGAUCAAAUUUUGACACCGAAUAUAGACCUGCUCGCGUAUACCGGCGUCGCUUUAGAGAGAUAUUACAGUCAUUGCAUAUGCACGCCAUCGCGCGCCUCUCUCCUCACUGGGAAAUUCGCACAUGUCAUAGAUAGCACAGCUAUACGUUUUUGCACUCUUUUUCCGUGUAUGCAGGGCUACCCGUUGACAAAUGCGGAAGAUAGAGCUCUACCCCUUGGAGAGAAAAUUCUACCCCAAUAUUUAAAGGAUCUCGGUUAUGCCACACAUUUGGUUGGAAAAUGGCACGUUGGACAAGCACGAGCCGAACAUUUGCCCACAUUCCGAGGUUUUGACACGCAUUUCGGUCACAGGGGUGGCUAUAUAGAUUACUACGAAUACACGUUAUUGGAAAAUUGGGAUGAAGGAGACGUUUCUGGAUUUGAUCUUUUCCGAAAUAUGACGGCUGCUUGGGGAGUUGAAGGAUACAUAACAGAUGUUUACAAUGAAGAAGCUAAAUCAAUUAUUAAGGCACAUGACGUCUCAACGCCAUUAUUCGUUAUGGUUGCUCAUAACGCUCCUCACUCUGCAAACGAAGGUGCUUACAUGCAGGCACCGUCGGACGAGAUAAAUGGUGUUUAUUUAACAUCAAAGUGCGAAAUAGUGAAUUUAAUGGAAACACACAGUGAUGUUGCCAAGGAACUGCAUACGGAUUUAGAAAGAGAGAUAGCUAGAACAAUACCACGUACGAUCCUUCAUGAAUCAAAUCUAAAAGCAAUGCCCAAAUUACACAAUUACACAUGGGAUAUUUGGAAAACUUCAGAUAAAGAAGUUAUAGAAUAG